AUGCCUUACGUAUCACGCGCAGGCAAGUACGUGCCGACCAUCGGCGCUUUGCUGCACCAGAACGCCGACACAAUGCGGGUCAAGAUUAAUUUUCAAGGCAUCGCCAUCGGCAACGGCUUCACGGACCCGAUAAACAUGCUGGGUUACGGUGAGCUUCUCUACGGCUUCGGACUCAUCGAUCGUAUCUCCGCCGACUACAUGACGCGCGUCGCCAACCAGGCGGCCGACUGCAUCCGCGCCGGCCUCAUGCGAGACGCCGUGGUGCUGAUGGACAGACUGUUCUUCAGCCUGACUCAUGAACACUCAUUUUACGAGAACGUCACCGGCAUGCACUACUAUUACAACUUGCUCUACGACACUGCACCUGAGGACAACUUCGCGUACAAGACGUUCGUGCAGAGACCGGAGCUUCGACGCGCCCUGCAUGUGGGACAUCAAACGUUUCACACGUCGCGCCACGUCGUGGCUUCUAAUUUCGUGGACGACCUACUGCGUUCGGCCAGGCCACAGUUCACCGUGGUCGUGGAGGGCGGCUACAAGGUUCUCGUGUACAGCGGUCAACUGGAUAUGGCCAUGGCCCCCACCCAGACGGAGAACUUCCUCUCUCAAGUGGCCUGGUCCCACGCCGCCCGCUGGAACCGCGAGCCGCGGACGGUGUGGCGCAGUGGCGAUGGCCGCCACGUGUACGGCUACAAGAAGACCGUCGAGAACCUCAGCUUCGUGGUGGUGCGAAACGCUGGUCACCUCGUGCCUUUCGAUCAGCCGAGGGUCUCGUACGAACUGAUAACGGCGUUCAUAGACAACAAGUGUCCUUUUGCAGCCUAGGCUUCUUCGUGUAUCGCGAAUUCCAUAAUUACUGCAGCAAACAAACACUGACACCAAGGACAACACAGGGGAAAUUACGUGUGCUUAAUAAAUGAAAUAAAGAAACGAUAAAUUAAUAGAAAUGAGAGUGGAUGGAAAAAAAGAAACUUUCCGCAAGUGGGGAAUGAUCCCACAACCUUCGCAUUUCGCGUGCGAUGCUCUACCAAAUGAGCUACCGCGGUGCCGUUUCCCCAUUCACUUUCUUGGGUAUUUGUGUUUCCUCGUAGAACCCUGGGAGUGUUAGCCAGCGCCACCACUCACAGACCUUGGUGGCGGAUGUGGAACAUCCUUUCUGCCGCAGGCGUCACGAGAACGUGAUCUUUUUGGGUGAAGGCAAACGGUCAGCAAACCCACACAUACUACCUGAAGGCAUCAAUGUUGCCGAAUUCGAGACCCUCUUUAUGCAAUAAACGAGAAGAAAGGAGGUUAACCGAGGUACCCAAUUUUUAUUAGUCAUAUCAUAAGAAGCCAACAAACACUGACACCAAGGACAAAAUAGGGGAAAUUACUUGUGCUUAAUAAAUGAAAUAAAGAAACGAUAAAUUAAUGGAAAUGAGAGUGGAUGAAAAAACAACGGCAUGUGUGGGUUUAUUGACCGAUUGCCUUCACCCAAGAAGACCACAUUCUCGUGAUACCUGCGGCAGAAAGUAUGUUCCACAUUCGCCGCCAAGGUCUGUGAGUGGUGGCGCUGGCUAACACUCCCAGGGUUCUACUAACACACAUAAAUACCCAAGAAAGCGGAUGGGGAAACGGCGCCGCGGUAGCUCAAUUGGUAGAGCAUCGCUUGCGAAAUGUGAAGGUUGUGGGAUCGUUCCCCACCUGCGGCAAGUUGUUCUUUCAUCCACUUUCAUUUCCAUUCAUUUAUCGUUUCUUUAUUUCAUUUAUUAAGCACAAGUAAUUUCCUGUAUGUUGUCCUUGGUGUCAGUGUUUUUUGGGUUCUUAUGAUAUGACUAAUAAAAAUCGGGCCCCUCGGUUAA